AAAAUAAAUAAACUAGUUUAAAUUUAUGAUUUCGGCCCGCAACAGUACAUAUUUAUUUACCUACAUGUAAAUUUUCUGUCGUAGCGUGCCGAAUACAUAAAUCCUUACGGACUCCAUUUCAAUAUCCUUCAGGAACUUUAACAACUGCUCGUCACUUUCACUUUCCAUCACUUUAAACUUUUUGCAAUAUAUGCGGCACAAACAAAUCGAAACGCUGAUGAAAUGUGCCAGCCGAAUGGUUCAGAAGAAGAAGAGCAAAGAAGAAGGGUCUAACGCGUGCUAACUGUUAACCGAAAGAUACUAACGCGUUAUAAAAAAUCCGCAACACACCAUUUCAAGUCGAAAUGCAACUCACUUUUCGUUCUAUUUUUAGUCCUUUCCGUUCUUACUUUAAGAACAUUUUGAGAUUAUUGGGUUUCUGAGAACUAAUUGAAUUUGAUUUAAAAACCACGUGAUAAAUGUAUAACACUUCGUUCUUGUUUUGAGAACAAUUUUGGUUUAACCAAAUUUUAAGUACAAACUCCACUUGAUUCAAUCACAAAGAGAACAUUUUGAGCUCAAAAAAUGGCGUUCUCAUUUUAAGAACAUUUUCAAGUCAGAUCAGAACGUCAGAAUUCUCACUGUGUAUGUGCAGGAAGCUUUCUAAUGUAUUCGAUGAGUUCGGAGAGACAUGUUUUAAUUGUAACGCUAUUUAAUUUAAUUUCUCGUUUAGAUAAAAGCUGAUAAUCUUUCUCAUCUAAAAUGCGGCACAAACAAAUCGAAACGCUGAUGAAAUGUGCCAGCCGAAUGGUUCAGAAGAAGAAGAGCAAAGAAGAAGGGUCUAACGCGUGCUAAAUGUUAACCGAAAGAUACUAACGCGUUAUAAAAAAUCCGCAUCAAACCAUUUCAAGCAACUCACUUUUCGCUCUAUUUUUAGUCCUUUCCGUUCUUACUUUAAGAACAUUUUGAGAUUAUUGGGUUUCUGAGAACAAAUUGAAAUUGAUUUAAGAACCACGUGAUAAAUGUAUAACAUUUCGUUCUUGAUUUGAGAACAAUUUUGGUUUAACCAAAUUUUAAGUACAAACUCAAUUUGAUUCAAUCACAAUGAGAACAUUUUGAGCUCAAAAAAUGCCGUUCUCAUUUUAAGAACAUUUUCAACUCAGAUCAGAACGUCAGAAUUCUCUCUGUGUACUAUUUCUUUAAUGGUAUGGAAGAUCUUGGUCAACUAGAAGGGAAAUGGCGAAGUAAAAUAAAAAAAGCAAAUGUUACAGUUUUGCACCUCGUUUUUAUACCACGAAUAUUUUUUUAUGAUCGAUUCUAGUGUGCCCCCCAUUUUUACUCUAUUGGGGUUUAAAUACAAAUAAGUAAUUAUUUAGUACAAAGGCAGUUAACAAAUUUAUUUCUCCUCCCUACCUUGUACAAUCUCAUAAAUCCACCAUACUCCUCAUUGAACGUCAAUAUUAAAUAAGAUAUGACUUUGCAAGGGGCCUUAACUUUUUGAAUUUUUAUUAACAAUGAAAUUGGUCAACUCCUUCCGGAAAACAGAGAUGUUGGCUAAACAUUCAAUUUUGGUCCAAACGUGACGAGCUUCUUGAAUAUUUGGAUUGUUCAAAAUUACACUUUCCGCGGAAGAAAUCCGUUUGUGAUGCCCAAACUGUGAUUGUCUGCUGAAGAAUGGUUGAUUACUAAUUCUUGCACUUUGAAACACGAGGCAAUGCCCAAAACAUGAAAAGAUUUCGUAUUGAUGUUUUGCAAGUCCUAAAUAAAAUGCGCAUUAGCAUAGCGCUGGGCAAACAAUCGAUUUAGCAGUUUCUAGGUCAACUUCGGUCACCUGCUGCCGCAGUCGCUGUUAUCUCGAAUCCGGCUCCUGAUCCAUCUCCUGCCACUGUCCCCGUUCCCAUUCCGGAUUCCUGAUGCCGUAACCUUGAGCCAACACUGACCUAGAAAUGUGUGGGCCACCAGCACAGACAAAGGUCAACGGCGGCUGUUGCACUUGUUGGGGCUUUUCCGGCGCCAGCGCCACGCGAUGUCACACGACCGGCGGCUGCUCGGGCGCGUGCUCCAGUUUGAGUUCCAUGGUCCGCUGCAGGCGCUCCAGCGGCGAACAAGUGAACGGCGGACGUCGCCAGUUUGUCGCCCACGGCGCCGAUUAGAGGCCAGGCCGCCGAUGCUGCCGAAAAGGCUAUAUCAGAUACAUUGAUAUGGAGAGCGAUAGACUCGAAAUCGCCGCUUGAUGACAGAGGCUUGCUCAUUUGCCGGCCUGGCGGCUUGUCUCUCCUUGUCGCACACUCCCUUGUUCACUUGGCAGCGAUCUACAUCGCCAGCAUUUCCUACCCCAGUCCCGCCCAACACGCGUUGCCAGGGGGUGGUUGCUGCUGCAUCUUAUUGGACGGCUGCCGCAGGCGGUAAAAAGGGGUUGAGCGGCGGCAGCGGAGGGCAGGUCGUCCGCUCGACGUGUGCUGCAGAAUCAGUCGAACGCCGCUCGCGCACACGAUAAGUCACGUGCUCAAACUAGCUCCGCUAGCCUUCCGCCGGUCUUCAGCUCUAUCUGCAACUUGCUGCAACAGUGCCACUAGCAACACGCAACACUCGCCCAGCGACAACAGCAACAUCAGCUUCAGAAACAGCAACAGCAACACUACACAAGUGUUAAGUGCGCAGGAGCAGCGAAUAAACAGUAGCAAGUAAACAAACCAGCAAUCAUAAUGGAUCACAACAUGCACGUGAACGCGCCGUCGCUGCACCACUGGGGCUAUGCCACGGGACCCGCGGUGGUCAUGCCGGGCGCCACCGCCAUCGCCACCACCCCCCAGAGCCACUGGGUGCCGCCGCCGCAGAGCCACCACAGCGCCCACAGCAACCACAGCCACGGCCACAGCCAGGGUCACAGCCACGGACACGGCAGCCUGAAGCGGACGCUCUCCGAGAGCGACUGCGACGAUCUCUACUCCGAGGAGUCCUCCAAAGAACAAAUCUCGCCCAGCGAACCGGGCAGCUGCCAACUGAUGAGCCGCAAGAAGCGUCGCGGAGUGAUCGAGAAGAAGCGGCGAGAUCGGAUCAACUCCUCACUCACCGAACUGAAACGCCUGGUGCCCUCCGCCUAUGAAAAGCAGGGGUCUGCCAAGCUGGAGAAGGCAGAGAUCCUUCAACUGACCGUGGAGCAUCUGAAGAGCUUGCAGUCUAAAACUCUCGACUCGCUGAGCUAUGACCCGCAACGAGUGGCCAUGGACUAUCACAUCAUCGGCUUCCGCGAGUGCGCCGCCGAGGUGGCCCGAUACCUGGUCACCAUCGAGGGCAUGGACAUCCAGGAUCCGCUGCGCCUGCGCCUCAUGUCCCACCUGCAGUACUUUGUCCAGCAGCGCGAGCUGUCGGCCAAGAGUUGCGCCAGUCCGGGUGGUUGGACCCCCGCUCCUUCCAGUUCCUCUGGCUAUCAGCCGAAUUGUGCGGCAGCUCCCUACCAGAGUUACGCGGCGCCAUCGAACCCGGGUGCCUAUGUGUCCAGCUAUCCGACGCUGAGUGCCUCGCCCUCCCAGCAGACCCAGCAAUUGGGAGGACGAACCAGUGUCUCGCGGACAAGUGGAGCGGGAGUGAACGAAUCCCUGCCCAGCCAUGACAUUCACUCCGAGAGCAGCAACCAGCAGCAGCAACAACAGCAGCAGCAACAACAGCAGCAACAGCAACAGCAACAACAACAACAGCAGCAGCAGCAGCAACACCAGCAACAUCAACAGCAACGCACCCAGACAACACCUCAGCCGGCACAGCAGCAACACUACACCCACGAUCACAGCGUGGUGCAUCCCGAGCAGCAGAUACCCACCUACAUAGAACUGACCAACAGCAACAGCAAUCGUCCAGCUGCCGUGGGAUCCGAGAGCCUCAGCUACAGUGCCGCCCCCCAGUAUCCCGUGAGCGGAGGCCAGGACUACAACAACUCCAGCGUCCUUCAAUAUGCCACGCCCAACGGAGCCAAACCCUAUCGACCCUGGGGCGCAGAGAUGGCCUAUUGAUCGAAAAACUUCAAGUUGAAAACAGGAAAUCAGAACAGGAAUUCUAGUCAGAGCAGACCAAGUGUGAUAGUCUUAAAGUUCACAUCCUACCCAGAAAAAGGGGGAAAAAUGCAUUGAAAGUAGCUAGUACGUAAAGCAUAAACAUUUAAAUUACUCAGUACGAUAAGUUAAUGAACCUUUUGUGAAUCUUUUGUAAAUAACCGAAUAUAUUUAAAAGUGAAA